AAUGGCAACCACCCUUAUGUGUUGUUGCGAUACUGUUAAAUAAAUUCAGUAAGUUAUCUGUUGUGACAGAGGUGAAGCGGCUUCGGACAUAUUGUGGAUGUGUGGACAAUACAUUUCAAGGGCAGUUUCGCUGAAAAUUGAUGUGUCAUCGACCAUAACGGACACUGGUGAAAUUGCGUAUCUCUUUCAACGAAACAUCUCAGAGUCGUAGUUAUGUCAGACUAAAGCACAGACGUGGCGCCUCUGGCAAGGAAUUGUUGCGGGAUCAUGGAGAGCGACUGUCGGAUCCCGACGACAUGUUGUAGGCCCAGGAUUCUGGUCCUCCACGCACUUUUCUGGGGGCUUGUGUCUCUCAGGGUGUUUGGGGCUUCCAUCCUCUCAAAGGAUGAAAAACCACCAGUGACCAGGCCCAUCACUACUCCUUGUUGGCAGAUAGAAGAAUUUGUGGUGGCCACAGAGUGUUCCCAAUGCAAUGCAUUUCAGACGAAGACAUUGCCCGAGUGCAGUCUGACCGGAUAUGUGGAGCGGAUCAAUUGUACCAAGACCAGCAAAGAAGUCCAUAAGAGCUGUCGUUCCACCCUUUUGGAGGAGCAUCUCUUCUGGAAGUUUGAAGGAGCCAUGUUGGGCCUCACUGUUCUCUUUGCUCUUGUGGUGGUUGCCAGGCAACGGUCUUUGGACCGCUUGGCGUCAGAGAAGGUCCGCCGGCAGAUAGAGUCCAUCUAGCACCUGGACAGGAGCCGUGGGGUCACAUCCUCCUGCCUUGGUCCAACAGGGGAACCCACUUUCCAGAGCCAUACUAUGCUGAAUAAUUCAAUGAGAUUGAGACACAAGAGGCCAAGCUCGCCCGCCCAAACAAGAAGCUGGCUUGUCUGACCUGAACUGACUCCGCUGUUCUGGCCACAGGCUCAUAUUGAGCAUGAUUUUGACUUGAAUGAUCUUUGAUUGCAUCAGAACUGAACUCUGGUCAGACCAGACAAAGAAACUCUCCAAUGGUCAGCAGCUUGUUAUUCACCGUCCAGGUUUCUGGACAUAUCAAGACAUAUCAAAACAAACAGCAAACCCCUUUGAUGUUUUAUGCAAUCUGUGCUCAACCGGUGGUUUGACCUCAUUAUUUAGAGAUGUUAUUGGUGCAGUGAGCUUGCAAAAACCAUGGGAAGGAGUUAACAUUGAGGACACUGAAGUUAAUUAAGGGGACUUUUAUUUACUCAUGAAUGUGAGCCACUGAGAUCAUUGUGAAAGAAAUGGACCUCUAACUACAAGCAACCAAUACCUUGGACUUUUCAAAGCACAGUAGGCAUAUUGGAAGUGCUCAGAGCAGAGACAGUAUUUUGGAUUAUGUGAACUGCCGGGGGUCUUAAAGAUAAUUUUACAUUUUAAAAUACAAGUUAGGUUAAAACACUAUAAAGUGUAAUAAGUACGAAUAAGAGUCCUGCAAGACAUUUCAUGUGAAAAGUGUUGCUCACCUCUCCAGAUUAGCCUUAUUUUUAUUCUGGCAUCUUGUGUGUGUGUGAUUUUUGUAGUCUUGCGCUUGUAGUGUGAUUCACCUUAAGUAGCAUACAUGUAGCCUUAAGGCAUGGUAGCAUUAGCUCCAACCUGACAUCACUUGUUUGUGGACUUGUGGAUGAUGGAUGGACGAUGUCUCUAAUAUUUAUGCUAUUUACGGUGAAUCUCUGUGCUGUUCUUAAACACCUUCACCAGAGUUUUGGACUAGGUGCGGCAACCACAAUCCUGAUUGAAAAGUAAUUUUGAAAGGUAGACAGUAUUAUCGUCCUCAUUUGAUAAUUGUUUUAAUAUUCAUGAAUUGGAUUAUUUCUGCAUGCAGUUGACUCUGUGAUAAAAGUAGUCUUUUUCCCAUAAUACUUAAAAACGGUAUUUUUAAGCA